AUGGACCUAUUGGAGCCGACGCUGAACAUGCAGAUCAGCACCACUAAGCGCGGUAUCUUGCAUGCGUGCGGCCUUCCGGGCGUCCUGCCGGGCAUGUACGUGGAGCCGAAGAUGACCACCGUGGGGAGCCAGGACACGACCGGGCCAAUGACGCGCGAUGAAUUGAAGGACCUUGCGUGCCUUGGCUUCUCCGCCGACUUGGUGAUGCAGUCCUUCUGUCACACCGCGGCCUACCCGAAGCCCGUCGACGUGGUGACCCACCACACGCUGCCGGACUUCAUCCGCGACCGCGGCGGCGUGGCGCUCCGGCCCGGCGACGGCAUCAUCCACUCCUGGCUCAACCGCAUGCUGCUCCCCGACACCGUCGGCACGGGCGGUGACUCCCACACGCGCUUCCCGAUCGGCAUCUCCUUCCCGGCGGGCUCCGGCGCCGUGGCGUUCGCCGCGGCCACCGGCGUGAUGCCCCUCGACAUGCCGGAGUCGGUGCUCGUGCGCUUCAAGGGGGGCGUCGAAGCCAUGCAGCCUGGCAUCACGCUGCGCGACCUCGUGCACGCCAUCCCGUACGUCGCGAUCAAGGAGGGCGACCUCACCGUGCCCAAGAAGAACAAGAAGAACAUCUUCGCGGGCCGGAUCCUCGAGAUCGAGGGCCUCGAGUCGCUCACCUGCGAGCAGGGCUUCGAGCUCUCGGACGCCUCCGCAGAGCGCUCCGCGGCUGGAUGCUCCAUCAAGCUCAACAAGGAGUCGGUGUCCGAGUACCUCAGGUCCAACGUGGUCAUGCUGAAGUGGAUGAUCGCAGAGGGCUAUGGUGAUGUCCGUACGCUGAAGCGCCGCAUCGCGUCCAUGGAGGCGUGGUUGGCCAACCCGGUGCUCAUGGAGGCCGAUCCUCAGGCAGAGUACAAGAAGGUGUACGAGAUUGACCUGAAAGAGAUCACCGAGCCGAUCCUGUGCUGCCCUAACGACCCGGAUGACGCCAAAACGCUCAGCGAGAUUGGCGAGGAAAAGAUCGACGAGGUUUUCAUCGGCUCCUGCAUGACGAACAUCGGGCACUUCCGCGCCGCCGGCGAGCUGCUGCAGGCUCACGGGGGCCAGCUGCCCACGCGCCUGUGGGUGGCCCCUCCCACCAAGAUGGACGCCGCCCAGCUGACCGCCGAGGGAUACUACAGCAUCUACGGAAAGGUCGGCGCCCGCACCGAGAUGCCCGGGUGCUCGCUGUGCAUGGGCAACCAGGCGCGGGUGGCGGACAAGGCCACGGUCGUCUCGACCUCCACCAGGAAUUUCCCGAACCGCCUGGGCCAGGGCGCAAACGUUUACCUCUCGAGCGCAGAGCUCGCCGCCAUUGCCGCCAUCCUCGGCAAGCUGCCCACGAAGGAGAAGUACCUCGACAUGUACAAGUCCCUGCUCAAGAAGAAGGACUCCACCUACAAGUACCUGAACUUCGACCAGUACUCAGACUACGUCGAGUCGGCGAAGGCGCCUGCUCCCACUCGUCUUCGCGCGACCACUCUGUAG